CACUGCCUUCCUUGUUUGAUUGGUUGAAAUUGAGAAGUACUGACUAAAUUGGUUGAAAUGUAUGGGGGUAUGCACAAUGCACGCCAAAUGUUUGAUGAAAUGCAUGACUGUAGUUUUGACUUUUGUGGCAGUCGAUGAUAAAUGGGUAGUCAUUGAAUAUCGAUAGGGAUUGAGUGGUUUAUUUCCUUUCCCAUUCUUUUUUCUCUUACUCUGUUGCUUUGACUUUGCCUUGAGAGCAAGAAGAAAUUUUCCUCGAAAAUUGUUCUUGGAACUGCUUUUGGUUAGAGUUACUUUGGCCUUUGCAUUUGGGUACUUCAUUUAUGGUGUUUGUUGAUGCAGAAUUUGGACUUCAGAGUUAGAAUUGAAUUAUACUGGAUUUCUUGAGUAUGUGACGUCUUCCCCUAGCUUUGUGUGUUGCCUUGGGUCUUUAAAUAGCGGUCUUACUCAUCUGCUUUUUUUUUUUUGCACCUCUUUUCUUUUUGUUUGUAUGAUUGAAUACUAUCAGAAUCUUGUUGCUCUCAUCUCCUAAGAAACAUGGAUUGUGUGAGCCCAAUUUUGGAUAUUGCUGCUUGCAUAUGGGAUUGCAGUGCAAAGCGGGCAGUCUAUAUCCAGGAACUUGAAAAAAAUCUCAACUCUCUGAGAAAUGAAAUGGUAGAAUUGAAGAACAUGGGUGAAGAUGUGAGGAGACGAGUUGAACUUGCAGAGCAGCAACAAAUGAUGCGCAGGAGGGAAGUGGAUGGCUGGCUCCAAAAUGUAGAAGUUAUAGAAAGUGAAGUGUCCAGAGUUCUGCAAGAAGGCGAUCGAGAAGUCCAAAAGAGAUGUCUCAGAAGUUGUCCCAGGAACUGUUGGUCAAGCUACAAGACUGGAAAGAUGGUACGGAGAAAGCUUGAUGCUGUCUUUAAACUAAAGAAUAAAGGAAGUUUUGACGUUGUGGCUUAUAGAGUUCCUUGUUCUCUGGUGGAUGAGAGGCCUAUGGAAAAUACCGUAGGCUUAGAUCUUACCUAUGAGAGGGUUUGUAGCUGCCUCAAAGAUGGGCAAGUGGGAAUCAUCGGCUUAUAUGGAAUGGGGGGUGUUGGCAAAACAACCCUUUUGAAGAGAAUCAACAAUGAAUUCCUUGCAACAAGCCAUGACUUUGAUAUUGUGAUUUGGGUAGUGGUGUCCAAACCAGCAAAGAUUGAAAAAGUUCAGGAAGUCAUUCGAAACAAAUUACAGAUCCAAGAUGAUCUGUGGAAAAAUAGAACUGAGGAUGAAAAGGCUGCAGAAAUAUGGAAGUAUUUGAAGACAAAAAAGUUUGUGUUGUUGUUGGAUGAUAUAUGGGAGCGUCUUGAUCUUUUGCAAGUAGGGGUUCCUCUUCCGAAUGAUCAGAAUAUGUCCAAGAUUGUAUUCACAACCCGAUUAGAGAAUGUGUGCCAUCAAAUGAGGGCUCAAGAGAGGAUUAAACUAGAGUGUUUAGAAUCUACAGAAGCCUUAGCUUUAUUUCUGAAGGAGGUAGGAGAGGACACCUUAAAUUCUCAUUCAGAUAUAUUGAAGCUUGCAAAAGUUGUUGCUGAAGAGUGCAAAGGCUUACCUCUUGCACUCAUUACUAUUGGACGGGCGAUGGCUAGCAUGAAUGGUCCCUUAGCUUGGGAGCAGGCAAUACAAGAAUUGAGGAAAUUUCCAGCUGAAAUUAUAGGUAUGGAGGAUGAUUUGUUUUAUCGUUUGAAGUUCAGUUAUGAUAGCUUACGUGGUGAAGUCCUGAAAUCUUGCUUCAUUUAUUGUUCUAUGUUUCCUGAGGAUUAUGAAAUUGAUAAUGAUGAAUUGAUUGAACUUUGGAUUGGAGAAGGGUUUUUGGAUGAAUUUGAGGACAUCUAUGAAGCACGUGAUCAAGGACAUAAGGUUAUUGGAAAUCUGAAGCAUGCGUGUUUAUUGGAGAGCGGUGAAUCUGAAAAGAGAGUUAAAAUGCAUGAUGUGAUUCGUGAUAUGGCUUUAUGGUUAGCUUGUGAAUGUGGGGCGGAGAAGAAAAAGUUUCUAGUAUGCCAAGGUGCUGGUUCAUUUGAAGUACAGGGAGUUGCAAAGUGGAAAGAGGCUCAAAGGAUGUCACUGUGGGAUAGCAGUUUUGAAGAAGUAAUGCCUAAACCACUAUGUUUCCCUAAUCUCUUAACUUUGUUUCUAAGAAAUUGUGUUGGGCUGAAGGCAUUUCCUAGCGGAUUCUUCCAGUUCAUUCCUAUUGUAAGAGUUUUGGACUUGUCAGGUACUCAUCAAUUGACUGAGUUAUCUGGGGGAAUUGAUAAAUUGGUGACCUUACAAUAUCUUAAUCUGUCAAGAACAAAUAUAAGUGAGUUGCCAAUUGAGAUGAAGAAUUUGAAAGAACUAAGGUGCUUGUUGAUGGAUGUUAUGUAUUCACUUUCAAUAAUUCCAUGGCAAGUGAUUUCGAGUUUUUCGUCAUUGCAGUUGCUUAGUAUGUACAAGGCCUACCGCUUUAGUGUGGUUAUGGAAGGUAAUGUUUUAUCUUAUGGUGAUAAAGUCUUACUGGAGGAAUUGGAAAGUUUGGAACAUUUGAAUGAUGUCUCUAUCUCCUUAUUUACGGCCCUUUCUUUCUAUAUAUUGAAGAGCUCCCACAAAUUGCAAAGGUGCAUAAGACGUUUAUGCCUGGAUGACUGUGAGGAUUUGACCUGUUUUGAGCUAUCAUCUUCAUCCAUUAAAAGAAUGGAGCAUCUAGAAAAACUUGAAAUAUGGACUUGCUGUCAAUUAGAGGAUAUGAAAAUUAACAAGGAGGAGAGGCAUGGAUUCAUCCCUGAUGACAUUCUUGACCUGAAGUUCAAUGGAUACUUCUCCAAACUUCAUCAUGUCAUUAUUGUACGUUGCCCUAGAUUGUUGGACCUUAAAUGGCUUAUUUAUGCUCCAAGUCUUCAAAUUCUUUAUGUAGAGGACUGUGCAUUGAUGGAAGACAUAAUGGGUAAUGAUAGUGGAGUUUCAGAAAUUGAUGAAAAUUUAGGCAUAUUUUCAAGACUCAUGUCUCUAAAUUUGAUUAACCUGCCAAGGCUAAAGAGCAUCUAUCCACAGCCCCUACCCUUUCCAUCACUAGAAGAAAUCAAUGUAGUUGCUUGCUUGAUGCUAAGGAGUCUCCCAUUCGAUGUCAAUAGUGCAACCAAGAGUCUAAAGAAGAUUGGAGGAGAACAAAGGUGGUGGGCCAGGCUGCAGUGGGGGGAUGAAACCAUCAAGCAAGCUUUCACUUCAUAUUUCACUCGAAUCUAUAUCUCCCAAUAGAACAUGUGCUGAGUCAACGAAGGAGACCAUAGUGGACAGUUGGGGAGUAUAUGGGAAUAGUGGUGUUCCUUUAUGGACCCAAUUAAUUUCUUCUCCCAUGCUCUCUUGCAAUUGUUGGCCGUUCACUUCCAUGUCUAAGGGUAAGAUUUUGAAGAUUGAUUAGGAGUGGUGGACUACUUGUGGAUGCUAUUUGGGGCAUAGGAUCGAAUGUUCCAGUUAUUAUGUGUGUUUCCUUAGAGCAAAAGCAGAAAUGCCAACCCAGAUAUGGAAGAGAAGGAAAAGGUGAAAAAUGAGGAUUUCAAAAAGAGGGAAAAGAAGGACAAAUCUUGAGAAAAGGUUGAAGAACCAUGUGUGAUGCUACUAGACAGAUGGCCCAGAUAUUGACAAUGGUCAAAAUGAGGCUGCUGGUGGUAAAACAGUGGCCCAAGAAAGGAGAUGAGGGAGGAAUGCUUGUGAGUUGUGAUGGAGCUGCUGCUAAUCUUAUACAAAUAAUAGGGAUGCUAAAGGAGUGUUCUUCCGUCGAAAUUAUGUAAAUUCUCAAGGUAGGAAAAUAUUUAUAUAUUUAUACCUAACCUUAAUCU